AUUAAUACACUAUCUAUUUUCACCCUCUUAUCACUGAUUAUUCUUUUAAUCCCGAUCAUUAUAUCAUUACUAAACUACCCUAACCCCAAUUUACUGCCAUCCUACGUAAAACAUGCAGUUUCUUACUCAUUUUUUCUUAGUAUAAUUCCUUUAUUAUUAUUCACAUCAACAUAUCCAGAAACAAUAAUUUCAAACUGACACUGAAUAUCAGUUCACACCUUUAACUUGUGUUUAAGCUUUAAACUUGACUACUUUUCCCUGAUUUUCAUCCCUGUAGCCCUCUACGUUACCUGAUCAAUUAUACAAUUCUCCGUAUGAUAUAUACACUCUGACCCUAACAUUGACCGCUUUUUUAAAUAUCUUCUUCUAUUCUUAAUUACUAUAAUAAUCUUAGUUACCGCUAAUAAUAUAUUUCAGCUAUUCAUUGGUUGGGAAGGUGUAGGAAUUAUGUCCUUUUUAUUAAUUGGUUGGUGACAUGGACGCUCAGACGCUAACACAGCAGCCCUCCAAGCUAUUAUCUUUAACCGAAUUGGGGAUGUAGGUCUAAUUUUAGCUAUAGCAUGGUUUUUUAAUAAUUUUAACUCCUGAGAAUUUCAACAAAUCUUCUUACUAAACCCUCCCAAUAAUAUUCCUUUACUUGGACUCCUCCUAGCAGCAAUAGGCAAAUCUGCACAAUUUGGUCUACAUCCCUGACUCCCCUCCGCAAUAGAAGGCCCAACCCCAGUCUCAGCACUUCUUCACUCUAGCACUAUAGUAGUAGCAGGAAUUUUCUUACUAAUUCGGUUUUAUCCUCUUUACCAAAAUAACAGUACGAUACAGACAUUAAUUCUAUGUGUAGGAGCCCUAACAACGCUAUUCACAGCAGUCUGUGCCUUAACCCAAAAUGAUAUUAAAAAGAUUGUAGCAUUCUCUACUUCAAGCCAAUUAGGACUAAUAAUAGUUACCAUCGGAAUUAAUCAACCUUACUUAGCAUUUAUACAUAUCUGUACCCAUGCAUUCUUUAAAGCUAUACUCUUUUUAUGCUCAGGCUCUAUUAUUCAUAACCUCAAUAAUGAGCAAGACAUCCGAAAAAUGGGAGGUCUAUUUAAACUGAUACCAUUUACAUCUUCUUCACUUACGAUUGGUAGCCUAGCAUUAACAGGCACACCUUUUCUCACAGGAUUUUACUCAAAAGACCUAAUUAUUGAAGCUAUAAAUUUAUCUCACAUCAACGCCUGAGCCCUAAUCUUAACUCUAAUUGCAACCUCUAUAACAGCUAUCUACAGCACCCGAAUUAUCUAUUUCGCCCUAAUAAACCAACCCCGAUUUAACUCGAUCAUCACCAUCAAUGAGAAUAUUAUAGACCUUAUUAAUCCUAUUAAACGUUUAGUUAUCGGAAGCAUCCUAGCUGGAUUCUUGAUUUCCUACAGCAUCCCCCCCACAAAUUACCCCCUCAUAACUAUACCUACAUAUUUAAAAAUAGCCGCCCUAACCGUAACCGUACUAGGCUUCAUCACCGCCACAGAGUUGAAUAUAUUAACAACGUACUUGAAAUUCUCUACCCCCAAUAUAUACUACAAAUUUUCAAAUCUACUAGGCUAUUACCCUUCCAUUAUUCAUCGUCUAAUACCACAAACUAACUUAAUUUUAAGCCAUAAAUUAGCCUCCACUGCCAUGGACCUCAUCUGAUUAGAAAAACUCCUCCCUAAGAAUAUUUCAUUAAUUAGUAUAACAACAGCCUCCGUUAUCUCUAACCAAAAAGGAAUAAUCAAAUUUUAUUCCCUAACUUUCCUAUUUACCUUAACCCUAACUUUCCUUUUGAUAAUUUAA